UCGUGCAAUUAGCGUUAUCCCGAACGACUUGCAAACGAAGAUGGCGACUGAAUAUCACAAUGGGAAGUUAAGUGAGGAUGGAACCGAUGAGAGUGAUGCUAAUGUUCCAGAAGUGGAGGAAGACACUGAAGUGGGUGAAGAAGUGGAAAUAGACUUCCAGAUCAGUAAAGACAAGAAAAAACAUAAACACAAACACAAAAACAAAAACAAGCAUAAACAUUCCAAACAUGGGGAGAAACGAGAGGAGAAGAAAAAACACAAGCACAAGAAGAAAAAGAGCAAAUCGAAUCGAAAUGAAAAGGAAGGGCGCUCAUCCAAGAAGAUGAAAAUUGAUGAUUCAGUUGAUUUGGAAAAGCUGGAGGCUGCAAGAGAAGCAUUAAAAGAGGUUCUACAGUCCGAGAGCAAUGGGAAUAUCAUAAAUUCCAACCCAAUGGAUCUGAUAGCUCAGGGAUAUGCAGGGACUGAUUCCGAGGAAGAGGGAGAGGUCGAUUAUGAAGAAACAGUACAAGAAAAGAAGAAAAAACAAGAGUGGCACAUAUUACAGAAUAUCUUAAAGGAAAAACAGAAGGCAGAGGAAGAGGCAGAUAUGGAGACAGAGAAGGUUCAGGAAGAGAGUGGGGACUCUGAUUGUGAAAUCGUAUCUGUGGAACAAGCAACAAGAAAAAUGCCCCCUGUUAGGCCCUUGUCCAAGGAGAACAGAAGGUCAAAUAAGGUUAGCAAGAAAGAUUCUGAUCAAAGAGGAAAAGAUCGAAGAAAAACCUCCGAAUCUGAAGAAGCAGUAAGAAGGGAUGAGAGAAGGAGGCGAGAAAGAAGUAGUGAAAAGCAGAGACGAUCUAGAGAUAGGGAGCUAAGAGACAGAGGUAGUGAGCAUUAUUCUAGAGAACGUGAAGUUAGAGAACACCAAUCUAGAGAUAGAGAACACACUUCUAGAGAGAAGGAGCAAAGGUCAAGGGACAGAAGAGCCUCUCCAAGCAGAGACAGGAUAGCAUCUAUUGGCAGGGAGAGAAGAAGUCGGUCUCCAAUUCAAAGAAGCUUUGAUAGGGCCAGAGAUGCAGACAGAGGCAAAGAUGGAAUGAGUGCUAGAGAGAGGUUGAGAGAGGAACGACGCAUUGAAGAAGAGAGGCGAAGGCGAGAGGAUGAUGACUGGAGAAGACGAGAUGGUGAUGACAGACGAUUGAGAGAUGACAGGAGAGACAGAAACAGGAUGUCACCAAGACACAGAUCUAUUGAAAGGGGACGAUAUGACAGAAGUAGGUCAAGGGACAGGAGAAGGAGUAGAAGGAGCAGAUCUAGAGAUCGCAGAAGGAGAGAUGAGGAUAAAUUCAAAGGCAGUUUGUCAGAAGGAAUGGCUCUACAACAGGAGUCAGAUGAAGAGGUUAACAUUGAUAUCCCUGAUGAUGAUGAAGAUGAUGAAGAUGCUCAGAUAGAAAAGAGAAGAAAGCAAAGAGAAGCUCUUUUACAGCGUUUGAAGACUGAAGGAGAAGACAGUUUGAUGUCUGCACCUUCACCCAAGCCACCAUCACCUGCUCCAAUGCCUUCAGCCCCCGAGUCACCCUCUCCAUCUCCAUCCAGGUCCAGGUCAUUCUCCAGAUCAAAAUCUAGGUCAAGGUCAGAUUCUCGCUCAAGAUCGAGAUAUCGCUCUUCUUCUGGAAGCUCAGACAGCAGUUCCAGCUCCAGUUCUGAUUCAGAGUCUGAGGACUAUAGAGCCAAAAGGAGGUCUGGAAAUUCUUACAGGAGGAGGAGAAAGUCCAGGAGUGCAGACUCUUCCAGUGGAAGACGUAAAUCAAAGAGUCCUGAUUCCUACGAAGAUGGAAGAGGAUCAAGUAGUCCUGUUACAAAGAGAUCGAAAAGAAAAUCCCUAAGUCCAGACAGAAAAACUGAAAGGAAAAGAAAAUCCCAAAGUCCUGACAGAAAAACUGAAAGGAAAAGAAAAUCCCAAAGCCCUGACAGAAAAACUGAAAGGAAAAGAAAAUCCCAAAGUCCUGACAGAAAAACUGAAAGGAAAAGAAAAUCCCUAAGUCCUGACAGAAAAACUGAAAGGAAAAGAAAAUCCCUAAGUCCUGACAGAAAAACUGAAAGGAAAGUUGACAAGUUACAGCCUCAAAUAGAAGAGAAAACUUUCAAGACAGACCAACAAUCUGAAGGUGAAAAAUCAAACAUUGAACCACCUGCAAAAGAUAGUGAGAAGAAGAAAUCUAAGACUGAUAUGUUUUCAGAAACCCAAGACAUGUUCAGUGAUGAAUAUACUCCGGAAAGUCCUAGUGCAUCGACAAAAUUUAGAGGACCAGUGGUUGAGAACCCCACCCUGAUAGAUAAUUGGGAUGAUGCAGAGGGCUAUUACAGGGUGAGGAUUGGGGAGACAUUGGACAAGCGUUACUCGGUAUAUGGGUACACAGGACAAGGAGUGUUCAGUAACGUGGUCCGAGCAAGAGACGAACCUCGGGGUAACAUGGAGACGGCCAUCAAAAUCAUAAGGAACAACGACAUUAUGCACAAGACUGGUCUGAAAGAAUUGGAAUUCCUCAGGAAACUAAAUGAUGCAGAUCCAGAUGAUAAAUUCCACUGUCUUCGUCUCUAUCGACAUUUCUUCCAUAAAAAUCAUUUGUGUUUGGUGUUUGAGUCUCUUAGCAUGAAUUUAAGAGAAGUGUUGAAGAAGUAUGGAAAGGACAUUGGUCUCCAUGUGAAGGCUGUGAGAUCAUACAGUCAGCAGCUGUUCUUGGCCCUGAAGCACCUCAAAAGGAACAGCAUCCUUCAUGCGGACAUCAAACCUGACAACAUUUUGGUUAAUGAGAGUAAACUACAACUGAAGUUAUGCGACUUUGGCUCAGCGUCCCAUGUUUCUGAAAAUGACAUCACACCUUACCUGGUCAGCCGAUUCUACAGAGCUCCUGAGAUCAUAAUUGGUAUGGGGUAUGACCACAGUGUGGAUUUAUGGUCAGUGGGGACAACAAUUUUUGAGCUGUACACUGGCAAAAUCUUGUUCCCAGGACAGUCUAACAAUGAAAUGCUUAAGUUCAUGAUGGACCUGAAGGGGAAAUUCCCCAAUAAGAUCAUCAGAAAGGGUAUGUUUAGGGACCAACAUUUUGAUGGAAACUACAAUUUCCUGUAUCAUGAAGUGGACAAAGUCACACACAGGGAAAAGGUGUCUGUCCUAAGCACAAUCAGUGCCAGCAAGGACCUGUUCGCUGAGCUGGUAGGGUACCAACGCCUCCCUGAUGACCAGAUGAAGAAAGUCCGACAGCUGAAGGACCUGUUGGAGUCAACCCUCAUGUUGGAUCCAAGUAAACGUGUUUCCAUCAACCAGGCUUUGACACAUCCAUUUAUACAGGACAGAUUGUGAACACAUACUGUAUGUCAUGGUGGGGGUAUAGGUUGUUGUGAUACUGAGAAAUCUUGUCCAUAGUGUGAGGAAACACCAAAUGAUGCCGUGUUAUAUUAGGCUGGAGAAGCCUAAGUUUGGAACUUCUUGGAUAAACUUACCUUAUAGUGCAUGAAAUAUUCAUAUCGUUUAUUGUGAUGUGUAUCUGACGAUAUCAGAAGCAGAAUAUUUUCAUUCUGAAGUACCACAAAAAAACACUCUGUUAUGACGAUCAUGUUUCUAUGUACAUUUGAUUGCAGAAUGUAUAUGAUAUGUUUUACAUUUCAGUAUGAGCCACAAGCCUUGAGGCUCAGUUGCUCUGCAGAAUGGAACUCUUGCUUUGUAUAUAAAGGUAACCAAAAUCCAAGUGACAGUGCUAUAUUUCAGUUUUACAAAACAGUUGGUUUUAGAGUUUCAUUGUUGAAAUAGGUAAGAGAAGUUCCUAUUUUAAUACACCAAUAUUAGGAAAUAGAUGUUACCUGUGUGAAAGACUGUAAAAAACAAACAAAAAAUUGAUAAAAGCUCAAACUUAUAUAUACAUGUUGAACACAUGAAAGGAGACAAGAAUUGCUCUUAAUUCCAAAACCCAUAAGAUUGUGUAAUAUGCAAUAUGUGUAAUAAUCAGUAUUGAAUUAACAAAUAAGAUACAAAGAAUAUAUGUUUAAUGUAAAUUCCUUGUUCUAUUGAAAGUUUUGGAACCUUUCUUGUUCCAGAAGGAUGGUAAAAUGCAGAAAACUUUGCUCCUGAUAGCAACAGCUCAUAUUUCUAAGAUAAGUGAAAAAAGAUGUAGUUAUUGAAGCACCUAGUCACGCCAGAGAUACACGAGUAUACAAGAGAUACACUAGUUUAACAUUCAAAACGUCAGAUUUGACGAGACAUAGUUUUGUUGUUGUUUUUUUAUUUUCAGCUAUUCAUCAAAUAGGAAGAUUAGUAAAGAUAUAUAUAUGUGACAUGCAUUUACAAUAUUAGGAAACAUUAUUUACUCUUUUUUGGUGACACAUUUUAAUAACCUUAUACAUGUGAUUAUCAUGUGAUGUGUUUGUUCUAUAUAACUUUGUAGAUCAAAACAAAAUGAAAUAAAUUUCUGAUGUUGAUGUUUCUAUUCACUUAGGCCAUAACAGCACAGUUAUGAAAGGCUGCUGAAUAUCUCACUUGGGGUUUUGUGGUAAUAAAUGUUUCUUGAUUUUUUUUUGCAUUUGAUAUUUAUCAGUAUGCUUUUUAUCCCCUUUGUAAUACUUCUUUCACUGACUGACAUGCAAGACAUUAUGACUUGAAAUUAUGAUAAAUAAGGAAAUAUAAUUGAAAAAAGUUCUUUGGUUGUGUUAUGAAACGGAUUGUUUUCUAAAUAAGUUGCUUUUCUCUUUACAUCCUGUAUCUGAGAGAGUUGAGACACAUCUCAAUGAGUCGAGUCCAGUGAGUUGAAAGCUGGGAACAAGUUGAACCACCAGGCAGUGGAGAAGAUUUCAACUCUGCUCACGUAACUUGCAAGCAAUCAUGUAUGACAAACAAAAGUAGUAGCACAAAUGAUAUUGACAAAGGAAAAUAUACUGCUCUCAGAAAUUCAAGGGAAGGGGGAAGCUAUCAUUUUUGUACUUGGAAUCCAACAGAGAACUUAAAGGUUGAAAGUGGGAAUAAGAAGAUGUACAUGAAUGUCAAGAAUUUGAAAGCAGCUUUAAUAUGAACCCAUUUUUCACUUGAAGGCAAAGAAAAAUGUGAAUUUGAGUGAUCUGGGAGUGGAAAUUGAAGUUGAAUAUUUAAAACUAGAAAAAAAGGCAUAGACAAAAGUGGAUUUCAAUGAUCUUGCAGUGGAAAAUGAAGUUGAAUAUUUAAAACUAAAAAAAAAAAAAGAUUUAUACAGAGAGGUCUGUUACUUAGUUUAGGAUGACGAAUUUUUAUUUUAAAAUGUCUGAACAAUGGGAUAAAAAUCCCUUGGACAUGGAAGUAAGUAUGGUAAAUAUUACCUGUGAUCAGGUAAUACUUGUAGUGAACAUGACAAUGAAAUAUUCCUUUAUUUUGUAGAUAGGCAAUCCAAGCUGUGAGAAGAGGACUUAACGUUUCAAAGGUUAUAAUGAAACUGAGUAAUAUUGUAUACUGUCAGAUGUUGUGAUAUAGGGUACAGGUUGCUAGGUUAUAAUGAAACUGAGUAAUAUUGUAUACUAUCAGGUGUUGUGAUAUAGGGUACAGGUUGCUAGUUACACUAUCUUGAUAAGCUACGGUAGCUGUAAAGAUAGGUAGGAAACGAUUACAGUUUGAUACCAAGGUCAGUCACUGUAUUAUACUGUGAUGUAGUCCAUCAGACUGUACGAUUGAAGAAUGAAAAAAAUAUGUUUAAUGUGUUAAGAGCUGAAACCUAGGAUUGUCAAAAUUAAUUACAUAAGAUAUAAUCUACAAAAGUAAUAGAGGAUGAAUUGAGAGUCUGUUGCAGAUGUAAAACACUUUGGGGUUAACAGGAUUGCUAUUGUUACCAAGAAACAGGCCGUCAAAAGCACUUUUCUGGGGAAAACUGGGUUUUUAUUUUUUUCUACUAACUUAAAAACUGAAAGUAGAAUUGACUAAGUAUCAGGUAUUUUUGUAAAUGUCCCACUGAAAUUAAAGUACCUAUAGAGCUUUAGAAUAAAGCACUUACCAUUGGUAAAUAACAGCACAAGAGUUGGAAUUUCUUUAUGUUAUGUGCGAAUGAUUUUAUAUAUAAAUAGAUAAGUGGUAUGGAUUUUGAAACAAAAUGAAGGAUGGUAUUUCACCACAAAAAUGUGUUUGUGUAUUUCUUUCAGAUGCCAGUGUCCAGAUUCGGUAAAUUUACUGCAUUUACUGGAUGUUUAUUGUAUGAAUUGACCUCUAAUCUUGAAUGAAUAUUUUACUAUUUCUAGGUAAGGCCUUAAACUGUUUAUCAUGGUCAGAGAAUAGAAGGAAAAGCAUUCUACAUUUCUUUUUGCUGAAGACAUCCAUUCGAAAAUUCUGAAGCUGGAUGAAGAUGAUGUUCAGUUUUUAUUAUAACUAAAGAACUUGAAAUCUGCAAACUUAACAUUUACCAUUGUUGUAAUGAAAAAAAGACAAUUUACAUAAUUGUUACAAUACAUGAAACAUUGAAUUUUUUGUUAUUUGAUUGUUGAAUAAUUUAAGAAUAAUGAACUUUGAAAUGCU